AUGCCAGACAAAAAGGUGGAAAAACGACUGGCUGAUUUGGGAGUUAUGAAGAAAGGCAUAUUUGUCCAUCGUGAUGGUGUGGAGAAAUUUGUGAACGACUUUCAAGAAGCGCGUGAUUCAUGUCAGGUACCGGUUCGGAUCGAAUCUCUGGAUCGAGUAUAUCAUGAAUUUUUGGAAGUGCAAAGUGAAAUUGAACAAUUGGACGAUGAAGAGCAGUUAAAUAGACACCUGUCGGAACGAGCGGACUUCGAAGCGCGUUAUUGCACGGCGAAGGGAUUCUUGCUGUCCAAGCGAUCCGCAGAUGCCAAUCAAGCGGCCCUGAAUGCAUCGUUCCAUCAUCCACCAGCAAACCAAGGUACAUUUCACCUUAGGCUUCCGCAAAUAGAUCUUCCCAAGUUCAAUGGGGAUUUCUCAAAGUGGUUGUCGUUUCGAGACACCUACACAUCGAUGGUGCACUCGAACGCCGACAUUUCUACCGUGGCGAAACUCCAAUAUCUCAUCCAGUCACUAGAGGGCGAGGCACGCAAGCCGUUCGAGAGCGUGGAUAUCGAGGCCGAUAAUUACGGUGCCGUUUGGGACGCCCUGCUAAAAAGGUAUGACAACCGCAGAUUUUUGAAAAAGCAGCUCUUCCGUAGUAUCUACGACUUCUCAUCGCUCAAGAGAGAAUCCGCCAACGAGUUACAUGAGCUCGUGGACGAGUUCCAGCGCCACGUGAAGGCCCUUGCCAAGUUAGGUGAACCCGUCGAGCAUUGGGACACACCUCUUGUAAACAUCCUGUCCUACAAGCUUGAUCCAGCUACUCUUCGCGCGUGGGAGGAAGAGACAAGUCAGCAAGAUGACGUCAAGUACACCGACCUUGUUGAGUUUCUGUACCAGCGGGUACGAAUUCUGAAAUCUGUGGCAACCGAUCUACUACAACGUUCCCAACCGGUUCAAACAAAGGUGGCCGGCAACGUUGUUCCUCCGAAGAAGUACACCCAAUCCAAGGUCGCUGCCAACGCUGCUGCAUCCGAUAGUAGAUCCAACCUUCCUUCGUGUUACGCUUGUUCCGGUAAACAUUUCCUCUUCCAAUGUCAAGUUUUCGCCAAAAUGCCCGUCAGCCAACGAAGAGAGCUGGUAUCUCAACGGAAGAUUUGCUGGAACUGCUUCCGAAGUGGCCACCAAGCAAGACACUGUUCCUCGAAGUUUACGUGCCGAAUCUGUCGAGAUCGGCAUCAUACGCUGCUACACGAUCCAUUCCAGUCCCAGAGCUCAUGUACUCCUGCCAUAGCAUCGAAUCCUACCGAAACGGCACAAGAUCCACCCAUGUUGGCUAUCCCAGGGCCGUCUACCUCCUACCAACAAGUAAGCAUGUCGGUUCAGUCCCAAGCCAGCACGGUUCUCCUCGAAACAGUCGUUCUCCAAGUCGUCGACGAUAAUGGGCACGUUUUCCAAGCCCGAGCUCUUCUAGAUUCCGCUUCGAUGUCGCAUUUCAUGUCCAAAGAUCUUGCGAAGCUGCUCUCCAACUCCCAAUCCAAGGUUGAUGUGUCCGUAGCUGGAAUCGGACAAUCCCACCGGAAGAUCAAGCGUGCAGUAACCACCACAAUCCAGUCAAGAGUCGCGUCUUUCUCUACGAAGCUUCAAUUCCUCGUUAUCGAGCAUCCCACGGCUGACCUAUCCACCAUGUACGUCCAAAUCUCUUCGUGGAACCUCCCUAAUGUGCAGUUGGCUGAUCCUGCGUUCCCCAUUCCCAACAAGAUUGAUUUGGUAAUCGGUGGUGAGGCGUAUUGGGACCUACACACCGGGAAGAAAAUUGACCUAGGCCCAGGUCUCCCCUACACCAUCGAGACGUACUUCGGUUGGACAUUCUGCGGUUCAACUUCCCAAGAUUCCUCCAACUCAAUGGUGUGUACCAUAUCCAGCACUGAUGCCCUGUUGGAUGCAACUCUACAAAGGUUUUGGGAGAUCGAGACGAUUCCGAACCAAUCCGUCCAUUCCAGCACGGAGAAGGCCUGCGAAGAGCUCUAUGCAGCAACAACAACUCGUGACUCUACCGGGCGAUACGUAGUUCGCCUACCCAAAACGGACAAUCCGGACGUCUUCUUGGGAAAUUCGGAAUCCAUCGCCGAACGCCGAUUCCUCAGCUUAGAACGCCGUCUCGAGCGUGACUCCAGCAUGAAAUCAUCCUAUCACCAAUUCAUGGAGGAGUAUGAGCGUCUCGGUCACAUGAUACAUCUGAACGAACCCGUGGACAACUCGAUUCCACACUGUUAUCUCCCGCAUCAUCCCGUAUUCAAGCUAUCGAGUACCACCACGAAGACGAGAGUCGUGUUUGAUGCAGCGUGCAAGACCGCAUCGGGAUAUUCCUUGAAUGACCUCCUACUUGUCGGACCUGUCGUUCAAGACGAUUUGUUGUCACUCAUCAUGCGCUUUUGUUUAUACCCCAUUGCCCUGAACGGUGACGUCGAGAAGAUGUACCGUCAGAUGCUUCUCCACAAGGCAGACCGACCGUACCAGAGGAUCAAAUGGCGUACUGAUGCAUCCCAACCGAUAGCUACCUACGAGUUGCAAACCGUGACCUAUGGCACUGCUUCUGCCCCAUAUUUGGCCACAAAAACUCUCCAAAAAUUGGCGAGUGAUGCGGCCCACUUAUUUCCUUCCGCUGCGAAACCAGUAGCCAACGAUUUUUACGUAGACGACUUUCUGUCAGGUGCCGAUGAUGUCGAGUCAGCCAUCCGAAUUCGACGUGAAGUAUCAGCGAUGCUUGCUUCUGCUGAAAUCCCGAUGAAGAAGUGGGCUUCGAAUUCCGUCGAAGUCCUUGAAGACAUUCCACCCGAAGACCGAUCAAUCCAGCCGUGGCACGAUUUGCAAGAUCCUCAAUCCGUCAGCACUCUCGGUCUAAUCUGGGAGCCUAUAACCGAUAUCUUUCGGUUCAAGGUACAGUUGCCGCUGCCGGCUGCUGUACUCACCAAACGUAGAAUCAUGUCCUACGUGGCCCAAAUUUUCGACCCAUUGGGACUAGUAGGUCCAGCCGUUACGAAAGCGAAGCUGUUCAUGCAGUGCCUGUGGACACUGAAAUCCUCCGACAACGAACGCUACGAUUGGGACCAACCAUUACCUUCAAAGCUACAGCAAGAGUGGAAAGAGUUCCACAGUACUUCGAGAAACAAGGCUUACGGCACGUGUUGCUAUGUUCGUGCGCAAUCUGCCCAGGAAGUAUCCGUGAAACUGUUGGUCUCCAAGUCUAAAGUUUCACCCCUAGCAGUACGUCAUACUAUAGCUCGAUUAGAGUUAUGCGCAGCUCAUCUUUCCAUGCAGCUGUACAAGAAAGUCGCUUCGUCAUUGAGAGUUGUUCCACCUGCCUUCUUCUGGUCGGACUCCACCACCGUGAUACAGUGGCUUCGAUCAUCACCUGGACGUUGGAAAACGUUCGUAGCCAACCGUGUGAGUCAAAUUCAUUCUUCUACCCCAAUCGAUAAGUGGAAUCACGUUGCUGGUUCGGACAACCCAGCUGAUGACAUCUCCAGAGGAUUGGAUCCAGCCGAACUUCUCAACAAGGCAAGGUGGUGGAAUGGUCCAUCCUGGUUAAAAUCUCCUCCUGAGCUCUGGCCAAUAGGAGCACUACCAACGAAAGAAACCGUCGAAGUAUCCCAUGAAUGCCGUAAAAUUCCCAUUGUAGCAAUGACAGCCAUCCAAAGCACUUUCCACGAAGACCUGUUCUCCAAAUAUUCCAGUUUUUCUAAACUUCGUCGUAUGGUCGCAUGGUGGUUGCGAUAUCUGCAAGCUCUUCGUGAACGUGCAAUCGUUCGUCAUUCCAAAGCGAUCAGUCCUGGAAUACCGAAAGGAUCCAAUGAGCCGUCGCAGUUAGAGAGCUUCCAAGAAGAGCGUAAUGAUCUCGUUGUACGUACGAGCGUAUCCAAAUCAAGUCCGUUGAAGUGGUUGAAGCCCUAUGUUGAUGUAUUCGGACUGAUUCGCGUAGGAGGACGCCUAGACAAUGCUGAUUUAUCUGAGUCCACCAAGCACCCGAUUGUCCUGAGCGGCAAGCAUCCAUUAGCGAGUAUGCUCGCUGUGCACUACCACAAAACACUUCUUCACGCUGGCCCACAGUUGAUGCUGUCAACUGUCCGCCAGAAAUAUUGGAUUUUCGGCGGACGAAACCUCAUUAGACGCACCUAUCAUCAGUGCAUCACUUGCUUCCGUAGCAAGCCGCAGUUGAUUCGGCAAACCAUAGCAGAUCUACCUGCAUCCCGUGUCACUCCGACGCGUCCAUUCUCCGUCUGUGGCGUAGAUUAUUGCGGUCCAUUCUAUGUCAAGUCGGCAAUCCGGAAACGAGGCCCAACGAAGGUAUAUGUGGCAAUUUUCAUUUGCUUCUCUACACGCUCUGUCCACAUUGAGCUCGUGAGUGACCUCACGACUGCCGCAUUCGUCGCCGCACUGCGUCGACUGAUAGCUCGAAGGGGAAAGGUUACCGAGCUGCACUCCGACAACGCCACGACCUUCAAGGGUUCUUCGCACGCCAUGCAUCGCGUGUAUCGAAUGCUGAAGCAGAACGACGUUGACCGGAACCAAAUCUUUUCCUGGUGCGCAAAUAAUGAGAUCCGGUGGAGAUUCAUCCCGCCCCGUGCACCUCAUUUUGGAGGACUGUGGGAGGCUGCGGUGAAGUCCGCGAAGACCCACCUACUCAAAGAGAUUGGAAAUACCAGUCUUGCCUACGAGGACAUGCUCACCUUACUAGCGCAGGUCGAGAUGUGCCUCAAUUCGCGCCCAUUAACGCCGCUGUCGUCGGAGCCAUCAGACCUGGAAGCCUUGACACCCGGUCACUUCCUGGUGGGCUCAAACCUUCAAUCCGUUCCCGAAGCUACAUUCAUCAAUAUUCCCGAAAACCGGCUCAAUCAUUGGGAGCAAACUCAGCGUCACCUCCAACGAAUCUGGGCACGCUGGUACCCAGAAUACCUCCAGCAGCUGCAGUCCAGAGCUGCUCAAGGUUGCAAGUCACCCAGCAAGAUCGAGAUCGGACGGCUCGUCGUUGUCAAGGACGACUGCCUUCCACCUGCCCAAUGGCCUCUCGGCAGAAUCGUCAAGGUCCAUCCAGGGAAGGACGGAAUCGUCAGAGUGGUCACACUGAAGACUUCAUCCUCGGACAACGUCGUGCGACCCGUAGCACGAAUUGCUUUGUUGCCAAUAUCCAGCAAUCAUUCCGAUGCGCACGUCGAACACAACUAG